GAAGACUGUGUUUGUCAAUGUCAGUGUAAUGUUUUGUAACUGCCACAUAAGUGGUAAUAUUGUUAAGCGCCGCUGUGCUGAAGAAGUAACUUUUGUUGAAUAUUGUCUUGCUAUCCAAUAUGGUAGUGGUAAUGUUUUUCCGCGUUCUUAGGCAGUGAAUGUAAACUUACAAGCGUCAUUGUAGUGCUGCUGACUGAAAGGCAUUACUUUCUCUUAAGUGGAUAAGUAUCAAAAGUGCGGGAGCUACACCAUGGACAUCUGUAAAGGAACAUUAUAACUCAACGGUAGUGGUUGUCACGUGACACAGUUUGAGAAUAAAGCAAUGAAGAGGAAUUCGGUCAGUGGGCGUAACAUUGCCCAGUUUGUUCGCCAGAGGGAAAUCAGAGAAACUGUGGCACGUCAUUUCCAACAAAAGUUACAUGUUACAGACACACUAGUCAGAAGAUUAGAGUUAGAGGCUACGCUGCAAGGCCACAAUGGUUGUGUUAAUUGUUUGGAAUGGAAUGCAGCUGGAAGUGUUUUGGCAUCAGCAUCAGAUGAUGUCCAGAUAAUUCUGUGGGAUCCAUUUAAACACAAGAAGCUGCAUACAUUUCCCUCUGGACAUCAUGGAAAUGUGUUUACUGUGAAGUUUUUACCAAAGACUAAUGACAGAGUGCUUGUCACUGGCGCGGGUGACUGUUUGAUCAGAGUACAUGACAUAACAUCAAGUGAGACAACACAUUCUUGUAGUUGUCAUACUGCAAGAGUGAAAAGAAUAGCCACUGCACCAUCUGUGCCCUAUAUGUUCUGGAGUGCUUCAGAAGAUGGAACUGUGAUGCAGUUUGAUCUUCGCACAUCUCAUGCCUGUAGUGGCACAGUUAAUAAUCUGUUAAUCAAUCUUGCCAACCAUGUUGGCCGUGAAGCUGAAGCUAAAUGUGUAGCUAUCAAUCCUCUGAGGGAAGAGCUAUUAGCUGUAGGAGCAAAUGAUCCAUUCAUUAGAGUCUACGAUCGCAGAAUGAUCAAAUUGCUAAAUAAGGAUGUUCGAGUGCCGAUGGGAAAUCGGGCCCCAGGUGCAGAGGUUCCAGAUAAUCUUGUACAAGGAUGUGUGACGUACUUUGUUGCAGGUCAACUCCCAUCAAUACAAAGAUUUUACAGGAAGAAUUAUAGAAAUCUAGUAUCAACAUACAUCACUUUUGGACCAAAUGGACGAGAUUUAUUGGCCAAUAUGGGAGGAGAACAAGUCUACAUAUUUGAUAUUAGCAACAAAAGACGUCCGAAGAGAUUUGAAUUUUCUGAUGUUGGACUUGAUGAAUUGAAACCAGAUGAUGAUGAAGGCUGUGAGCACCUUACAGAGGAUUUGAUGCAUCUCGACGUUUAUGCAUAUGGGGAAGAAUGCAAAGAAUUCAACCGCACAAAUGGGUUUUCCUUUCAAACAGCUCCAACGCAGAAAGGCUUUACACCACCUCAUAGGAUAGAGUCUCUAAAGAUGAUUGCAAAUGGGGCUUACGAUGCAAAGCAGUACACUCAAGCAAUCAGUAUGUACAAUGAGGCCAUCAGUCAGUGUCCUGAAUAUGCAUUCUUAUAUGGGAACAGGGCAGCUGCCUAUAUGAGGAGAGACUGGGAUGGUGACAUGUAUGCUGCUAUGAGAGACUGCCAUAUUGCUCUUCAGUUGGAUCCAAAUUAUGUUAAAGCACAUUUCAGGCUUGCAAGGUGCUUGUAUGAACUACAGUGGAUAAACGAAGCUUCAAAGUGUUUAAAAGCAUUUAAAGUGAAAUACCCAGAACACUCAGAUCAACCAGCAUGCAAAGCUCUUACGAAAGACGUCAUUCUUGCCAAAGGCUACAUGCGGGAUUUAGAAGAAGAUAGUGGCUCAUCAGAUGAUGAUUCAUCAGGCCCAUCUAUACCAUCAACUGAUAAUAUAUCUCCAUUAGAGAAGUUUUGGAGAGAGAAUGCGUAUGACUAUGAAAUAAGAUUUUGUGGGCAUUGUAAUACGACAACAGAUAUUAAGGAGGCCAACUUUUUUGGAAGUGAUGGCCAGUUUGUUGUAGCAGGUUCUGAUGAUGGAUCUUUCUUUAUAUGGGAUAGACGAACAACAAAUAUCAUUAGAAUCCUGCGUGGGGAUGACUCAAUUGUGAAUUGUUUGCAGCCUCAUCCAACCUACUGUCUUUUGGCUACCAGUGGAAUUGAUCCGGUUGUCAGGUUGUGGGCUCCUAAGCCUGAGGAUGGUUCCAAAAAUGAUAGAGAGGUGUUAAACCUAUAUGAUGCUGCAUCUGCAAACCAAAAACGAAUGAAUGCAGAUCCAUUUGAAGUAAUGCUUAUAAAUAUGGGUUAUCGUAUCCAGGCGAUGCGGGGUGGAAAUUCAGAGUCUAGUAAUGAGGGAGAUCAUCCCACAAUUAAUUGCCGGCCAAGUUAACAGUAGUAGAUCGCAUGUGGCAGUGUAAUGAUUGAAUGUUCCCUCAAACCAAAGUAUUAGUUGUUGGGAACUGUUGGAAAAGCUGAACUUAUACUAAAUUGAUAGAAUUGUAUUGUACAUUAUGCACAUAUUUUUAAUAUUUGUGAGAUAUUUAAUUGCACGAAUAGUGUAAUGAUAUAAAGUGUGUAUUUGUAUAGACUUUUGAGAGUCUACAUUUUGCAUUGUGGCAUUUAUGCUUGAGAAUAUUUUGAAGAGGUAUCAUGAGUGUUCAUAUCUCCAUAAAAAUAUUUAUUAAAAAUGUUUGAGAAAUGAACAAGCGAUUUCUUUUAAUAUUUUUAUGUGCUUGAUGUAAAGUAGUCUGAAAUUCAGAAAUUUCAUUGAAAAUAUGUUAGCACAAACCCUGUAGAUAUGUAUGUUGUUAUUUCAUUAAAGGUAAUUGAUAAUUCAUGAAUGACAGAGAGAGCAUCAGGAGUUCCUGUUUUCUAGCCAUCUCUUGCAUAUGAUAGAUCAUAAUUUCAUAAAAAAAAUAAUUUUCUCCCCAAUGCAGCUGGCGGAAAACCUGUUGUGGAAAUUAAUGAUUUAAUUCACCUACAAGAAGCAAAGGAGUUGGUGAAGUUAUAACCAAGACAGAUCGAUGCAGUGAGGAUUACAGUAUUAUUUGCAGUUAUACAGAAUGGGUAAUUUUGGAUUUGGGGUCACAAACGCAUACAAGGAACAUGGAAAAAUUUUAAACUGCCUUAAAAAUUCUUGGCCAUAAACAUAUCAGGUAAAUUUAAUAAGUUGUUACUAGGUCUUUACCAGAUCUUGUCAAUUACUAGGUGCAAAAUACCUUUAUGUGUAACUGUACUCUUGAAGACUGAACAUGUAUGUGAUGUUUUUAUUUAUUAUUUGUGUGUAUGUUUUUUCUGUUUGCUGAGGAAAACAUGUAAGAAUACUGAUCAAAAUAUGUUGUCCUUGAAUUCUCUA